AUGCUCUCUCAAAAUCUAUUGAAAUUUAGAUCUUUUCAACCCAAUUGGAGGCAAAUUAUACGAUUCAAAACAACAAAACCACCAACAUAUUUUAGUGAACAUUUAAAUGAAUCUCCAACUCCAAUAUUUGAUAAUGACCAAUCAACUAAUAACAAUUCACAAUACUCUUAUCCAUCUAAUGCAAAUCCUUCACAACAAUCUUAUAUCCCACAACAACCAAUUCAAUCACAGUCAUCAUCAUCUUCUUCCACAAGAUUCAGUUCAAUGAGAGAUUUAUCAAUAGUAUUAUCUAUAUUAGCACUCAGUUAUUUCGCAGUUGAUAAUUAUAGAACUAGAAUUGGACUAGAAGCCAAAAUAAUGGAACAAUCAAUGACACAUAUGAAAUCAUUAGCUAUAACACAAAAUAAUUUUAAUAAUCAAAGACGGAAAAGAGAUUUACAAUUAAUUAAUGAACGUAAAAACAUUCAAAAAAGAGAGAUGAAGAUGGUUUAUCAUAUUUCAAUGUUAAGAAAACAAUUAAUUGAUGCAGGUUUAAAACCAGGUAUGUUUACAUUAUAUCAAUCAUCAAAUUCCUGGAAUACUUUACUAACAUUAACUCUAGCUGAAAUUGAUCAAGCAAUUGAAGAAUUUGAAAAGAACGUCAAGAUGGAAUACUCUCUAACUAUGAAAGCAUAUGUUCCAAACAUUCAUGAUUAUGAUUCCAAAAAAUAG